AUGAGCAGCCAGAGGAGUGAAACUAAUGAUGAUAGGAUGAUUGCAAUGGUUCUCUCCGAAGAAUAUGCCAAGUUAGAUGGUGCUAUGGCCAAGCGUCUUACUAAUUUAACAUCGAUUCCUCAUGUUCCCCGGAUUAACACAUACUUCCCGACAUAUAGUGAUGCCACUAUGGACCAUUAUCGCCUUCUUGAUAGGCUAAAUGCAUACGGCUUGUUUGAGGUGAGAGUAUCUGGUGAUGGAAAUUGUCAGUUUCGUGCACUCUCGGACCAACUAUAUAGAUCACCUGAUUAUCACAAGCAUGUUCGAAAGGAGAUUGUAAAGCAGCUCAAGGAAUGUAACUCCUUAUAUGAAGGUUACGUUCCAAUGAAAUACAAACAUUAUUGCAAAAAAAUGAAGAAGUCUGGUGAAUGGGGUGACCAUGUCACACUACAAGCAGCUGCAGACAAGUUUGCGGCAAAGAUAUGUCUUCUUACAUCAUUCAGAGAUACCUGUUUUGUUGAAAUUGUUCCUCAAUAUCAAGCUCCACAGAGAGAGAUUUGGCUGAGUUUCUGGUCAGAAGUUCACUAUAACUCACUGUACGAUGCUCGAGAAAAGGAAGUACUUGUUGCUGUGCAGAUCUCCCUAGCAAAUAUAAGCCUAGAAAGAAGCACUGGUUGUUGUUUUAAUAUCAAUGCGGGAGUUUGCUUCAUACUGGUGGAAUCAUAUUGCUUAGACCGUUUAGACCACCGUCCCCCG